AUGCCUCAACAGGUUAUUUACUUAGUGAAAAGUUUUAGUUUACCUAUAAAUAUUUCUCAAAAAAAUACUUUAGAAUAUCCAGUAAAUGAUUUUCUGAUGGGAGGAAAUUUAUAUAAUAAGAAUAAUAAUAAUGUUAAAAGUUGUAAGAUACUAACUCAAUCAUACAAAAGAUCCCAACAAUCAGAAAAUAAUGAAAAAAAAGAAAAAAUUAAAUUGGAAGAAACAAUUGUAAAUGAAUAUCAAAAGAUAAAUUGUUUUAAAAGAUCUUUUAAUUUUUUGUUAUCUUCACCUAUCUCAUUUAAAUUAUUAGUGUUACAAUUUAUUUGGAUAUUACCUUAUCUUAUGUUAGCAAAUUAUCUAGAAAGAUCAUUACUACCAUUUAGACUUUUAUGUUAUACGGAAACUGAUUUACUAUCAGUCCAAAAACCUUAUCGGGAAGAUUUUAAUCAAUGUAUAAAACGAUUUUUUCCUAGUAGAAAUUAUAACAUGUCCAGUUGUUAUUUAAAUCAACCUCUUCAAACUUUAAUAAAUCCUAAUUUUGAUAAAAGUUCACAAAAUGUUAUUGUUAUUAGAAGUGCUCAAUCUUCUUUUGAUUAUAGAAAUUAUAUUAGAGAAACAUGGAAAAAAAAUAAUGAAUAUAAUAUGCCAGUUAUUUUUGUCUGUGGUAAUAAUGGUAAUUUUGAUUUAUCUAUUGAAAAUGAAAUGUAUGGUGAUAUAUUACAAUUAGAUUUUGUUGAUUCAUAUAAAAAUUUAACUAGAAAAAUGAUGGGAAUUUAUGAUUAUUUUUUAAAAAAUAGUAAAGUUAGUGAAAUUAUAGUUAUUAAUGAUGAUACUAUAGUUAAUGGUACAGCUUUAAAUAAGAUAACAAAAAAAAAAUAUGAUUAUCCUGUUAUGAUAGGUAAAGUUUCACGUGGUUAUCCACGUCUCUUUUUUAAUUGGCUUCCUUGGUAUGUGUCAUCUGAAGAUUAUCCAAACAAAUGUUAUCCUCCUUUUAUACAGGGAUCUUCAUUUAUUAUAAAUAGAUCUGCAGCUUCUUUAAUUCAUAAGAAUAUUUGUAAAUUUCCUUUUGUACAUUUAGAUGAUGUUUUUAUGGGAAUUAUAACAAAUUGUUUAGGAAUUCAAAAUCAUCAUGAAGAAGGAUUUGAUCAUCAUAUUUUGGAUAAAUUUGUUGUAUUCCAUUAUCAAUAUUUAAGAUAUUCACCAAAAAAAUUAAUGUCUUUAUGGAAUAAAAUUAAAAAUGAUUUAUAA